AGCCGACGCACCUCGUCCCAGGACCUCCUCAACUGUCUCCCCACAUGUGCUACAGUAGUAGUGAUGAACCAGUCCUGUAGUGCCCUUCGUCCUAAGCUUGUCUGGCUUCGCUGGUGACAUGCGGGGACAUGUCACAGUGUCCUGCAGCCGAGGAGAACAGUCUGGAGUCGGUCGGAGAAUGGCUGGAAGUGCACGCGGACGAUUUGGAGAUUUGGCUACGUGACCACUCAACGCCGGAAUUAAGACAACGAAUUCAAAAGGCGAUUCUUCCUCCCACGACUCUCGCGAAGAGAACUUCUAUAACCUCGGAUUUAUUUCAACUAUGGUUGGCCACAUCUCCGGCGAAGAAUGACCAACAAAAUUCUGGCUCGCGCCAAACGAAAGAUUUGGAGAGUAUGGACGAGUCGGAAUUGUUUAUGGAACUGAUAAGGGAUGUAGCCAACGAAUUAGACAUUGACGUGUUGUGUCACAAGAUUCUCAAGAACGUUAGCUUACUUACUCACGCGGACAGGGGAUCGCUGUUCUUGGCGAGAGGACCACCGAAUGACAGGUACUUAGUGGCAAAGUUGUUCGAUGUCCGGCACGAUUCGUUGCUGGAGGAAGCUGUCAAACAAGCCAGAGCUGAAGAUAUCAAAAUACCUUUUGGGGUUGGUAUAGCUGGGACCGUUGCACAGUACAAAACUUUGAUUAAUAUCAAGGAUGCUUAUAAUGAUCCAAGAUUCAACAGCGAGAUCGACAACAAGACUGGUUAUAAGACCAAUUUAAUAUUAUGUAUGCCCAUUUGCAACUAUGAGGGUGAAGUGAUUGGUGUUGCCCAAAUUAUCAAUAAAGUUGAUGAUACGUUAGAGUUUACCCAGCAUGAUGUGGAGGUGUUUCAAAGGUAUCUUACGUUUUGCGGAAUUGGUAUUCAAAAUGCCCAACUUUUUGAAGUUAGCGUUUUAGAAUAUAGAAGAAAUCAAAUUCUUUUAAAUUUAGCGCGAAGUAUCUUUGAAGAACAAAACAAUUUGGAAUGUCUCGUUACCAAAAUUAUGCGUGAAGCUCAGAUUCUCUUAAAAUGCGAACGAUGUGCAGUGUAUCUUUUGGAUUUAGAUUGCUGUGAAGCUAGUCAUUUAGAGCGAAUAUUAGAGCGUCCUGGUAAAAUAAUUGAACGUCAUGGUCCUUUAAGUCGCCUUCAAAGUGAUACGGUAACCGCGGAAGAUAUGAUUGAGAGCGGAAUCAAAAAACCCAGCACUUUUACGACAGUUUUUGAACUUAGAGCACCGGGCACUCAAACAUUAGUAUCACGUCCUUCUCAAUUCGAUUUAAAAACUUCUACACUCGCCCAAAUAGCUGGGUACGCAGCAGCAACCGGGCAAAUCCUCAACAUCGGUGAUGUUCGAGCGUGGUUAAAUGAACAACACAGUGAAGGAGACGCUGAAAGUGCCAGAACCAUUCUUUGCAUGCCGAUUAUUAACGGCCAAAAAACUUUAAUUGGUGUCGCGCAGUUAAUAAAUAAAACGAAUGGGACUUCGUUUACCGAUUGUGAUGUUUCGUUGUUUGAGGCGUUCGCAAUUUUUUGUGGACUCGGUAUCCAUAACACACAAAUGUACGAAAAUGCGUGUAAAUUAAUGGCAAAACAAAAAGUGGCUUUGGAGUGUCUUUCUUAUCAUGCGACAGCCAACCGCGAGGAUUCAUUAAAAUUAUCUAAAGAUGAUAUACCGUCCGCAGAAACUUUCAAUUUGUACAGUUUUUCUUUUAUCGAUUUCGACCUUACCGACGACGACACGUGUCGGGCCACGUUACGGAUGUUCCUCGAGCUGAACCUGGUGCAGGAAUAUCACAUACCUUACGAGGUACUCUGUAGAUGGAUACUAAGUGUAAAAAAGAAUUAUAGACCGGUAAAGUACCAUAAUUGGAGACACGCUUUAAAUGUGGCUCAAACGAUGUUUGCAAUGUUUAAAACUGGGAAAAUGGACCGAUUUAUGAACGAUUUAGAAAUUUUCGGACUUUUGGUGGCUUGUUUGUGCCAUGAUUUAGAUCAUAGAGGGACGAAUAACGCUUUUCAGAUGAAAACCGAUUCCCCUUUGGCUAUUUUAUAUUCAACCAGCACGAUGGAACAUCAUCAUUUCGAUCAGUGCGUUAUGAUAUUAAACACAGACAGCAAUAACAUUUUCCAAGCUUUAUCACCGGAUGAUUAUCGAAAAAUCAUGAAAAUCGUCGAAAGUGCUAUUUUAUCAACGGAUUUAGCGAUGUACUUUAAAAAAAGAAAUAAAUUUUUAGAAUUAAUUGAAAACGGCGAAUUCGAUUGGCAAAGUGAUGAGAAGAAAGAAUUGUUAUCGGGUAUGAUGAUGACUGCAUGCGAUGUUAGUGCCAUCGCAAAACCUUGGGACGUUCAACACCGCGUAGCUAAAAUGGUUGCUGAUGAAUUUUUUGAUCAGGGGGAUUUAGAAAAGCUUCAAUUAAAAGAACAACCCGUUGCGAUGAUGGAUCGAGAACGUAAAGAUGAGUUACCACAAAUGCAAGUUGGGUUUAUAGACGUUAUUUGUUUGCCACUUUACCGAGUUUUAUCAGAAACUUUUCCUUGGGUACGUCCCCUUUAUGCAGGCACAAUGGAAAAUCGCCAACACUGGCAGGAUUUAGCAGAAAAAGUCGAAAUGGGUUUAACGUGGAUCGAUCACGACACAAUAGAUAAACCAGUAGAAGCUUUCACAGAUCCCGAGGAAACAAAAGAUAUAGAAUUAACUGUACAGACAUUAAAGACUUCGACGUCAAAUCAAAACUUGCCGCCAUUGAGUCAUAAGCUAAAGCGAAGGCAGAAGUUUUGCUGCUUUUUGUGACGCUACACAACCCUUCUGUGAAGUACCUCGUCGGUUUUAACGAAGAGAAACUAAAAAAGGAAACUGGACAAUCUUAAACCAGUACGCAAAAGUUUUUGACUAUUAAAAAAAUAAAUAAAUUUAGAUAAGAUAGAAAAGAAAAUUCAAACAGUAAUAAUAAGGGUACAUUUUUUUGAUAUAAAAAGAGCGGACCUUGGCAACUGACGUAAUAAUAAUAAUUAAUAAUAAGAGAAAUAAUAAUUAUAAUUAAAAAA